UGUGUCCGCUCCCCGGCCGCCAUGAGUCGGCAGUGCUACACCUCCAGCUCCCUCCUGGGCAGACGGGGCUUCUCCUCCGCCUCUGCCGUCUGCGGCCUCGGCAGGGCCAACAGCAGCUCGGCCUCCGUCUGCCAGCCGGCGGGACGGCGCUGCGGGAUCGGCGGCUUCAGCAGCCGGAGCGUCUGCGACCUGGGGAGAGGGCAAAGGAUUUCCUUCGGCGGCAGCUGCCGCAGUGGGGUCUAUGGCGGUGCCGGCGUGGGACGUUGCGGCGUGGCUUACGGCGGAGGCCGCUUUGGCGUGGGCACGGUCGUGGGGUUUGGUAACUGCGGAGGCUACGGGGGCCUGGGCAGCUUCAGAGGCCUUGGGGACGGCGUGGCGAUGGGAGGCUACGGCGGCGGCAUCGGCAUCGGCCUCGGCGGAGGCCGCUCGGAGGGGAUUCGGGGCGUCAGCAUCCACCCGGAGCUCCUCAAGCCCCUCUGCGUGGGGGUCGACCCCGAGGAGUGCCAAGUGCGGACCCAUGAGAAGGAGCAGAUCAAGAACCUCAACAACCAGUUCGCCUGCUUCAUCGACAAGGUCCGGCUGCUGGAGCAGCAGAACAAAGUGCUGACCACCAAGUGGGAGCUGCUGCAGCAGUACGUCCUGCCGGCCUCCAGGAGAAACCUGGAGCCUGUUUUUGAGAAUUUCAUCUGCAACCUGAGGAAGCAGCUGGAGUGUGUGCUGGGGGAGCGGGAGAGGCUGGAAAAUGAGGAGCGGUGCCUGAGGGACCUGGUGCAAGAGUACAAGUGCAAAUAUGAAGAUGAGAUCAACAAGCGCACGGCUGCGGAGAACGAGUUUGUGGUGCUGAAGAAGGAUGUGGACUGUCUCUACCUGACCAAGGAGGAGCUGGAGGUGAGAGUGGGUCUCCUGCGGCAGCAGCUGGAGUUCCUGAAGUGCAUCUAUGCUGAGGAGAGAGCUCAGCUGGAUUGUCAGCUCUGUGACACCUCGGUCAUCGUGCAAAUGGACAACAGCCGUGACCUGGACAUGGAGGGCAUCAUCAAAAGCGUUGAGUGCUGCUAUGAGGAGAUUGCCCAGAAGAGCAAGGCUGAAGUGGAGGCUUUCUACCAAACCAGACUGGAGGAGCUCCACAGCAGCCGUGGCAAGUUCUGUGAUGACCUGAGAAACAACCAGAGCGAGAUAGCCGAGCUGAACAGGAUGAUCCAGAAGCUGCAGUGCGAGUCGGAUAACGUGAAGAAACAGAUCGCAGCGCUGCAGACAGCCAUCUGCGACGCCGAGCAGAGGGGCGACUGCGCCCUCAAGGAUGCCCGGCAGAAGCUGAUCGACCUGCAGACUGCUCUGCAGCAGGCCAAGGACAAGAUGGCAUGCUUGCUGAGGGACUACCAGGAGCUGCUGAACGUCAAGCUGGCCCUGGACAUUGAGAUUGCCACUUACAGGACGCUGCUGGAAGGAGAAGAGAGCAGGAUAUGCACUGGCAACCCGGUGAGCGUAGCCGUGGUCAGUGGCGGGGGCACGGUCGGGGAGUGCCGAUCCCUAUCUGGAAUCGGAGGCAAAUGCGCCGUCAAGACGGGAGGAGCCGGCGCGGGCUUGGGGGUGGUCUCCUCCUUCGGAGUCAGCAACGCCGGCUUUAGCACCCGCAGCGUGGACUGUCUCCCUCGGGUGGGGGGCGGCUUCGGGGCCAGGAGCGCGGUGAGCUGCGUGGGCCGGGAGGUGAUCACCGGUGCCGAGGGGGUGCAGUGUGCCCCCGGCGUGGCCAACCUGGGCAACGUGGUGUGUGCCGGCGUGGAGCAGUGCAGCCCAGGAGCCGUCAUCAUCCCCGGCCCGGGGGUGUGCGGUGCCGGGAGCAGGUACAGCACAGCCGUGCGCGUGGUCAGAACAACCCGGUAGAGGUCCAGAAGGGCGACGCCGCAGCACAUUUUAAAAUAAUCAGCAUUUCUGCAAUAAAACAGUAUUCCCCUUCCUUCUGACAGCUGAAGCACACGAGCACACACUGCCCACACGCACGCAAUUAGGUUGGUAGCUCUGCCGAAAACGGUUUGCAUGAUCACAACCCACCUUCUCUUUCACAGUUCUCCGGGGGGAGGGGAGGGGGGGGGUAACCAACCCCCCAAGACCUCAGCCAGGUGAGAUUUUCAUUUCAGACAGGCUAAAGCUGUCUGCUCGCACCAUCCUGGCUCUUUGCUCAACCCCUUUUCCACAGGGAUUUUCUUUCCCUAACACAGCUAUUGCAAAAGGAUUAAAAAUUUGGUCAUCCCGAUUUCAGAAAGAGAAGCCACAUCUGAAAUCGUCUAAGAUGGAGCUGAAGCCAUUAUUUUGGCUUCUUUAAUGACACCAGAAAAUCCAAUUUUUCCUGUUUAUGAGAGGGUUGGUAAUGGUUAUGUAAAUUGGUCCAAGUUGCUACACCAGGUUUGGUAGAGCAGAUUUUAAUUACACACCGACGAGCACCUUAUAUUUCUGUAGUUAAAUGCAUGCGUUGUUUUUCCUGUGUGUGUACUAGAUAGACGGAUUUAACGCUUUUAAUGUGUAAGUGAACAGUUGAUUAUCCUUCGCUUACUCCAAACUUUCAGCUGUACCUUCAAUAAACUACAUGCAUAAUUCA